UUUAAGGUUGCUGAACCAGAGCAACAGAGCACAUAAUUUGGCAGCUGAACCAGAGCACAUCUCCAACUGGAUGAACUGGCAAAGAAUAUUACUCUCCCCAUUCCCCCAGGGGAACAAUUAAAAACCAAGAAUCUGGGUUCUUCAGGCUUGCCUUGAGAAUGAAGCAUGAUCUACUUUACAGCCCCACAGGAGCCUUUAGAACCAACAGCCUUAACAAGCAAAGAACCUGAAGCUGGCUCCUUCAUGCAAUGCCAUUUAUAAGACCCAUCCCCUGCCACAGAACUACAUGUACCUCAUAAUUAGCCUUUCCUGCAUUACACCUUUUCAUUCCCUCUUUCCGCAGCUUUUUCAUCAUUAACCAUACCCUCUAGUACAAAAAAAAAAAAAAAAACAAUGGCCAAUAGCCAGCUGAAGCCUGUUGCUUCUCUGCUUCUGGUCUUGAAUUUCUGCAUGUAUGUCAUAAUCUUAGGCAUUGGCGGUUGGGCUGUGAAUAGAGCUAUUGAUCAUGGUUUCAUUAUAGGUAAAUCAAUACCAAGUUGCUUGGAAGAUUUCAAAAUCUUAAAUGUUUUUAUUCGUGAAUGUGAUGCCGUGAACGAUCCUGCAGGACCUGGACUUGACCUUCCCGCACAUUUCUCACCUAUUUACUUCCCUAUGGGAAAUGCUGCCACCGGAUUCUUUGUUACAUUUGCUUUGAUCGCCGGAGUUGUUGGUGCUGCUUCAGCUUUAGCAGGUCUUAAUCAUAUCCGUUCUUGGAAUGCUGAUAGCUUGCCUGCUGCUGCCUCAGUUGCCACCAUUGCUUGGACUCUCACUCUUCUUGCCAUGGGGUUUGGCUGCAAAGAGAUUGAACUCCAUCUCAGGAACGCCCGUCUGGUAAGAAUGAAGGGCAACCUUGUUUUGACUCCCAAGUUUAUUACAAGAUUCACCUGCACGUCCUAUGUAAUUCACACAAAUUUUGACAAAAAACUGAUCUCUUUCUGCAGAGAACCAUGGAAGCAUUUCUUAUAAUCCUUUCAGCUACACAGCUUCUGUACAUAGCAGCCAUUCAUGGUGCCUCAGCAAUCAGGAGAACUUGAAAGUUUGAGUCACCUGAUGUAUGUUUCCUCGUGUAGGCAAUUUUUUUUUCUUUUUUUCCUUUUUUCAUUGGUUUGGUCUGGUUGGAUUUGUAUUAAUCAUCUAAUAAAAUAGAAUUUGCGAGCAACAA